UGCUGAGGCUGUGUAGGGGCUGCGAUGCGGCAGCAGGACUUCAGCACAGUUUAGUCGUAGUUUAAUGUAAAACUGAACUAUGGAUCAUUCUGCUGCAGUUUCACAUCACCUGUAGCUCAGGCAGCACCGGGAGCACUGGGGAGCUGGCUUUCUCUUCUGUGGACUUUCAUCUGUCGGCGGCAGACAGUGUGCCAGUAAGAUGCAGCUACAACUGUGUUGACCAACAGCAGCUCAGCAAGUCACAACACUGGACAGCUGACAGGGCCUGGAUGAGAUACUGGGUCAGCGUGUGAGUUGGUAACCCUGCCUGAGUGUGCGAUGUGUGGACCUGCCCUGCCCCUGUGUCUGCUGCUCUGGAUAGCAGGAACGACUGUUUCCAGGACGCAAGGUGAGGUCAUAGCUCCUGCCACUCUGAGAGCAGAGGCAGGUCGUCCCCUGCUGCUGGGCUGUAAUCUCACCUCGGCGACAGGCGACACCGUCCGGCAAGUGCGCUGGCUCAACAGGCACAACAAGAUCCUCCUGGCGUACCAACAGAGCGUCCCCAUCCGCGUCAGCCAUCAAGAACCCAACGUGCAGCUCACUGCCUCCCACAACGACGCCAGCUACAUCACCAUCAAGAGGGUGCGGUCUGAUGACGAGGGCUGUUACCGCUGCAUCUUUGAUGUUUAUCCCUCGGGCAAGCAAGAAGGCAGGACGUGCAUCACCGUCACAGGUAAAGUGCACCUGGAGGGCAACAAGACGGCCGUGAGCGGGAAGCCGGCCACCCUGUCCUGCUGGUAUGGCCUCCCUGAGAGGGUGCACCAGGUGCUGUGGAGGAAGACGGCCGAGCAGGGCGACACCACCACCGUGGCCUCCUACGCCAAGCACGGCCACCAGAACAUAGUGGGGCAGUUCAUAGGUCGAGUUAGCUUGAGCCGAACCCUGGGCGACACCCAGUUGACCAUCCAGGCGGUCAGGACGGAGGACGAGGCCUGCUACACCUGCGAGUUCCACACAUACCCAGACGGCAUCAAAAGCGCCACCGCCUGCCUCUCUGUUUAUGUUUUACCCAAACCAGAGGUGAGCCAUGUGACCUCAUCCUCAGGAGUCACUGAGGCAAACUGCACCGCCCAGGCCCGACCUGCAGCAGAGAUCAUGUGGAACAUCGACGGGGACAACCGGACGCUUGGACCGCCCAUUUCUUCUGUGUACGAUCAGGGCGACGGCACGACGAUAGUGACGAGCACGCUGUUCUUCCAAUCAGGGUUGCUCAAUGAUCUGUCCGUCAAGUGCAUCGUGCACCACCAGGGUCUGGAGAAACCCCUCACAGUGUACCUCAACACAAACGUGGGUCCAGCCAUGGUCAUCCUCCUCUCGGUGUGCGGCGUGGCAGUGGUCCUCCUCCUGUGUCUGUGUGUGUGUCUCUGCAAGUGCUUCAUCUGUACUGACGAGUGAUUUGGAGCCUGCCGUCACUGCUGCUUUGAUGGAGGUCCAGCGGAGCUCUGAGCCUGACCUAGCUGCUCAGCACCGUGCCCUCCAGCUCAGCGUGCAGCGAGGAAGGGAACAGAGCUGAGCCAACACUGCUGGUUCUGCUUCCAUGAGCUGGGAAGAUACUGCUAGUGCAGACACACAUUUCUCUUGUCAUUUACUACAAAGUAAACAGAACUAAAACCACGUUGUUUAAUGCUACAUAUUAUACUUAUUGUAGAAAAGUUGCUUUGAUGAUUGAUGAAGUCCUUCUGAUAUGAAUAGAGGGUUUUGGGUUUGCAUCAUUAUAUCUUAUGCCAUCAUGGAGGUCCAGUGGUCCGGCUAAAGUGAUACUAUAAAAAGGUUGAUGCCGUGUGUGUGUGUGUGAAAGGUUACGUCAAUUCUCAGAUGUUGAACAGCGUGAUAAGUUAUAUAUUUUUCUUAAAUUUAGGUUGAUAUAUCUAGCUUGAGUAGAGUUUGCUCAGUUGGUUUGAAGUGUUUUUGACUUUGAUGGGUAGCUUAUUAAGGAAAUAAAAUCAACUAAUGGUAUCUAAAUGUAAAUACAUCAAUAAAUAAUUUAUCAGAGGUGGAAUUUAUUAGUUCCCGUUAAAAAAUAACACAAAAGUUGCCUUAAAAAAAUACUUUUUCUAUAUUCUUUUAAAGCUCUAUAAAACAUGGUUUCAAAUCUUAAUUCUUUCUGAAUAAGCAACAAUCAAAGUGAAAGCUGAUUAGGUAUCUUUACGUAUUAUUUAGAGUAUAAUGCUGAAAAACACAGGUAAUCGUCAUCAGGUCAUGGUGUGAGUGUAGUUUGAUCAGAUUUGAAUGACAGUGAUCUGGCAACAUAAGCAAAGAAACCCCACAACUGUCAUCAGAUUUUAACUGAAACUUUGCUCAAUCCUGAUUGGUGCACGGACGUACUACGUGACGUCACCUUUUUCCAACUGAGCCCCAUACACUUCAAACUAGUGAGAAGAGCACAGAGAAAAACAGAAAUCCCCUAAUAGGAAUAACGAAAACUGUUCUAACUUUGCCGGAAAUGCUGUCUUCAUGUAGGACCCCAUCGCUCACAGCUGACUGAGAAAAUAGUUUUCAGGGCCUUUAAGCUGACUGCAAAUUAGAGACACAUCAGCUGUUCUUUGCCACUGCUGCCUGACUGCUGUAGACCUCCAAAAUGCCCACCACAGGGUGUUGUGUCACCUGACAACCCUCUAUUUGUGGUUGUCAGUGAGACAACCCUUUUUGUGAACCAGAAAAGAAGGAUGAUUAAAAGGGUGCCAAUUUUGAACUGGACUUGCAUGGUACAGUAAAUCAAAAAGAAGCAGGGGGACAGAGGCCAUAAUCUGAGUUUUAGAGAACCAGCCCUGUUGUGACUCAGACUGAAAGGAGGGUUUGAGUGGGACUUAAUGAAAGGUUUGUCAUUUGUAGCUGCUGUGUAGUGCGGGACAGAGAAGGGUGGUCGACCUGGUCGACCUUCAUGUGCUCGGUGGUUAACGCCGCCCAAACGAUUCCUGUGUGGAUGAACCCUGCAGUUGUGAAUCACUGUUUGUGUGAGACCAAGACUGUGUGUGUGUGUGUGUGUGUGUUUUGAAAGUGAAAGAAAUUUGAAGGGUGUCUAUCUGUCUGUGUGUGUGUGUGUGUGCGCGCGUUUGUUUGCGUUGUUGUAUAGUAUUUCAUGACUUACAGAGCCGUAGUGUAGGAGCACCAGUGUUAAGAAUUUAACUUUUUAUUUGGGAAAAUAUUAAUAUAGGCCUAUAUGGGCUGUGUACAGUAUAGUUAAUUUUGUUGAAAAUCACAUACUCUAUUAACAAACACAGCUGUUGGAUGGUUACACUUAAAGUCUACUUUUACAUUAAAGUCAAUUAUCUGUAUAUAAAGACAAUUAUAAGGUUAAAAUGUUAAUAAAUGCCUACACUGAAGUUUAAAAACUUAGCAAAGUUGUCUACUUGCUGUUUCAUUUUCUUUCAGUUCAAUAGUUAUUCAGUCAUCAGUCUUAAGUGUCAACAGUGUUAUAUUUUUUUGACCAGCAUUCACCUUUUUAGUAUCUGUAAGAGUUGAUAAAUAGUUUCCUGUACUGGUGCUGCAUAAAUCUGAAGUUAAAAGUGGAUCAGAAAUAAAACCUGAGACUUUG